AUGUGGAUACGACAAUUAUGUUUUUUUUCUACGAUUGAUUUGCAGCAAAAGCGUUAUUGCAUCAUUGGUGCUGGUAUCUCUGGUAUUUGCGCAGCUAAAACCAUCCUAGAAUCCGGUGGACAUGUCACGAUAUACGAGCAAACCGAUCAGAUUGGUGGCACUUGGGUUUAUACGGAUGUAAUUGGUAAUGAUCGCUUUGGAUUGCCAAUUCAUACUAGUAUGUAUCAGGGACUAAGGACGAAUUUGCCAAAAGAAAUUAUGGGGUUUCCGGGCUUCAAAAUGCCGGAGCAAGAUGAAUCUUAUGUGCGUUCAGACGAGGUAUUGCAGUUUAUUCGGGAUUAUGCUGAACAUUACAAUGUUACCGAUAAAAUCGCGUUUCAGCAUUUGGUCGUAGAAGUCAGGCCUUUCACGGAUGGUUCGGAAAAAUGGAAUGUUACAGUUUGUCAAUUGGUCAACGGUUUAUCAGUAACAGAAACGUUCGAUUUUAUUUUCGUAUGUAACGGACAUUACCAUACACCUCAAAUUCCAAAUUAUGAAGGUAUCGAAUGCUUUAAAGGAAAACAACUACAUAGUCAUGAGUACCGUAACCCAGACAUAUUUCGUGAUGAAGUAGUUCUAAUUAUUGGUGCUGGUCCAAGUGGCACAGAUCUUACGCUGGAAGUAUCAAAAUUAGCCAAAACAGUUUUCUUUAGUCACCAUGUUCCAGAUAAGCUUCAAAAAAUAGUUUUCCCACCGAACGUAAUUCACGUGCCAGAUAUCUUACGCAUUCUUCCAAAUGAAGUUGAAUUUGUGAAUGGUUCCAAACAUUUUGUAACGAUAGUAUUUUACUGCACUGGUUAUCGUUACAAUUUUCGUUUUCUUCAUUCUGAUUGUGGUAUUGAAGUAGAGGAUAACUGGGUGCGACCAUUAUACAAACAUUUAUUAAACAUUAAUCGACCAACGAUGGCAUUUAUAGGGUUACCGUUUUAUGUAUGCGCCUCGCUAAUGUUUGAUUUGCAAGCGCGAUUCUGUGUAGCCUUUUAUAAUAAAAGUCUACCAAUGCCUAGUAAAAAAGAAAUGUUAGAUGAUUACGAAAGAGAAAUGAAUGAACGAUGGAGUAAGGGCCUGAAGAAGAGACAGGCUCACAUGAUGGGUGCAGAAUAUCAAAGGACAUAUUACCGAUCUCUAGCGGAACGAGCAAAAAUUGAGCCAAUACCGGAAGUGAUGACAAAUAUACACAUUGAUAGCAGUAUAAGAAAAAAAGAAGAUUUGCAAAAUUAUCGCGAUGAUGUGUAUCGCAUAUUGGAUGAUGAGACAUUUGUUAGGCAAACAAAAAAUGAUUAAUAAAAUU